UUCAGAAAAUUUUGAAAACAAAACGUUAUUUGUUUUUCUCUAUGUGAAAUUAAAUAUUUACACAGAUCAAUUUCGAUUUUUGAAAAAUAGGAGUUUUAUUUUCAUUAAUGUAGAGUUCCAUCAUGGUUCAAUCGUAUUUGGUUUUUGAACUGUAUAAAGAAAUAUUAUACUAAAAUUUGAACUUUUUGAGGAUGGAUUUCAAAUUCACUGAUUUAGAUUAUAACCGAACAUCUGAAAGCAAUUGCGAAUUUUCUUCGCUAUUGGAGUUUUUGGUUAAGGUGAAGAGCUUUGUACAAGAUUCACAGUCGACGGAAUCUAAUAUUUUAUUUAUCGAGGAGAGUCUGAAACACCUUACUCUUCAUGAAUCAGAUUCGGGAAAUAAUAUUUCCAAUAUGGUACUUUGGAAAUGUUUUCACCAAGUUGGGAUGCUAAGAAAAGUCAAAAAAUACGUGAAGUUGCUGCUGGAAUUGUUAAUCAUUAGAAUAGAAAUUGAUAAGGAAGAUAAUCAGAAAUUGAUGGAAUGGUAUACCAAAUUCAUUGAAUUGAGAGACUGUAUUCUCGUAUUCUGUUCGAAGAAAGAGUAUGCUAAGGAACUGAUACCAAUCAUGAAAUCAUUUGUAGAUAUUUUAUUGAAAAAAUUAAGGAUGAUUGACAUGAAAAGCUAUCCCAGAGAGGUUCACGUCCACAAUCUCUUCGUCUUCAUAAUAACCGAACUCUUCCCUAUUCGAACGUUGAUGAACCCGAUUAUGGAGGAAAUAAUAAAAAACUCAGAUGACGUUACGCAGGACCUGAGUAGUCAGGAGGCAACAUAUCUUUCCGAGGAUAUUGUGAAUGCAACGGAAUGUUUGAAUAGAUAUUUCAAUAUUAUUGAGGUUUUGGACAGUCACAAAAUGAGGAAGAUUGAUAUAGAGAAGACAAAUGAUCUGCAACUCAUCUUUAAGAAACUAUUGAGAAUAGAAAUACUUCCGAAAUUUUUCUCUGUUAGAGUUGUUAAGCUUUUAGAUAUGAUGAAGUCUGAUUGAAAUUUUGAAGAUUAUCAUAUCGAGAAUGGUUGAAUAAA